AUGAAUCCUUUAUCAUUAUCAUCGCGUUUGUUAGAAGUAACGGUGAUAUCCGGCGAGAAUCUUCUAGAUAACCGAAAGCAACCGGUAAAGAAGAACGCUUUCGUAAAUAUCAAAUCAGAAUCUUAUUCAUGCAACCUCCAAACAACUAAAAUGGAUAAAGAAGGCGGAGGUUUUCCUAAGUGGAACGAGAAAUUGAUCGUUGAUUUACCCAUGCAUGCGCGUCAUCUAACGGUGGAGGUUCAAUGUAAAAAUUCCUCCGGGAUCAAAACCGUUGGGAUCGCAAAAGUUCCGACGUCCGAUUUUAUUGGAGGAAUUUUGCCCGAAGAUUAUUUGCAUUUUUUGAGUUAUAGGCUUAGGAAUGAAAAAGGGGAGAAAAAUGGGAUAAUUAAUUUUUCUGUUAGGGUUAAGAAUGCGGCGCCCCCGUCGUCUCAAAGUGCGGCCGGCUGUGCUGCUGCUUAUACGCAGCAGUGGACGGCCGCACCGAUAGAUAUGGGAAGUAGUUAUAACGGUUCUUGUGGGGUUGUUACGGGUGUGCCCGUUUAUCCGAGGAGUUUUUUAGGUAAUUCAAUGGCGAAGAGAUUUUGAAAUUUUUUAAUUUUACUAUUUGUUUUAAUUGAUUAAAAUAAACAACAAAAGAAAUUGUAUAGA